CUCUAUACCGACGUCAGAACGUGCGAUUCAUCAGUGCCAUGUGGUCGCGGCGAACGAAUCUCGCGAUAUGCUUGCACAUGCGAGUUCGCGCGAGUUGUGACAGGGGAAGCAUCAUUUCUCCUCCUUGCUACAUUGCAACACGCGUGUUUGAAGAGCCGAGCAUUUACUCGGCGCUGUGCAGUGCAGCCGGCGACAGUCGGUGUCCUUCGAACAAUUUUCCAAUUGCGUUACAUUCGUUGUUGUCGUUGAAAGAUUUAAUUUAAUAUAUAAUAUAAUAAAAAAAAUGGAAGAAGAUCCAGCCGUCUAUCGUAAGCAAGUCGAGAGCUUCACGUCGCAGAAGGAGUUCUACGAGGACGCGGCCAAGUACUGGGAUCAGAUACCGGCCACCGUCAACGGCAUGCUCGGCGGCUUCGCCUGCAUAUCCGAGAUCGACGUCAACGCGUCCAAGCGAUUUCUCAAGGCCCUCUUUCAAGCGGAGGAGCUGGACGUCGGCCGGGAUUACGCGUGCGACUGCGGUGCCGGUAUCGGCCGAGUGACGGGCAACUUGCUGUCGCGUUUCUUCAACAAGGUCGAUCUGGUCGAGCAGAAUCCGAAAUUUUUGGAGCAAGCCAAGUCUUAUCUGAAGGUGUCCAAGAGCAAAGUCGGCGAAUUUUAUCCCAUCGGUUUACAGGACUUUGAUCCAGAGCCAAAGAGAUAUAAUGUCAUAUGGUGUCAGUGGGUAUUGGGUCAUUUGAACGACGCAGAUUUGGUGAAAUUUUUCAAGAACUGCAAAAAAGGACUGAAAGACAAUGGUAUUUUAUGCGUCAAAGAAAAUGUUACAAAAGCUGACGUUGUUCAAAUGGACCCAACAGAUUCAUCCAUUACUAGACCUUACAAGGAAUUGGUUGCAGCCUUCGACGCUGCAGGCUACACUUGCAUCAAAGAGGAGCUACAAACUCGGAUGCCCGAUGGGUUGUACCCAGUUUAUAUGUUUGCCCUGAAGCCAAUAGAAGUUACUUCAGAGAGUUCGAAUUAGAUAGACAAUU